AUGCCGACCGAUUUGUCCCAGUUCAAGCUGCCGUCGCGCUCCGACGUGCCGGAGGAGAUGCGCGUGCAAUUCGAGGCGUUCUUCAAGUCCAAGAUGGGAGAUCUCUUGUCUGAGAUGAACGCCGAGACGUCCCCUGACGAUGCUCUUUUCCGCGACGAGCUCGCCGGCUCGCCUCUCGAGGUCAAGACUUCUCCGCAGCGGGGACGCGGGUUGUACGCGGCGCGGGAUAUCAAGGCUGGUGAGCUAGUGUGGCGCGCACCAAAGCUGACUGCAGGUGAGACACUAUUGAAGACGAAGCCGCUGGUGAGCGUGCUCUCCAAGCCGAACCUGUACGAGCCCGCGGCGGGACAGAAGAUGGAGCUGCACUGCAACCACUGUUACCUCUUGAAGCCGGCGCAGCGUUGCUCAGGCUGCAAGGGCGUAUACUACUGCGGCGCGGCGUGCCAGCAGGCCGACUGGCCGUCACACAAGACAGAGUGCAAAGCGCUCACGCGUGUCCGCCAACUCUGGGUGCAAAGCUACCCCGAGAAGGCCAAGGACGGUCUCAACAACUCCUGGAUCCAGGCUGAAGGUGCACGAGCUCUCGGUCUCCUGACUUGGGCGCGCAAGGCGUAUCGCGACCAGCACGGCCGCGACCCCGACUACUGGCCCAAGGUCGAGAAGAUGUACGCCGAGGGACCGGACAUGGGCACCGGCGUGCACGGCAUUCCCGCCGCGGACCAGAUGGCCAUCCACCUCAGCUACUAUGUAGGUGCCGCUGAGCCGCCAAAGGACCCGAACAACCUCGAGCUCAUCGACAUGGAGCCUUAUGGAUUCCAGGACGAGCAACUGAUGUCGUUUGUGCGCUCUUUCGUCCUGAACGCCUUCACGCUGAGCUCCUUCGACCUGAAGCCAAUCGGCGUCGCCAUGUCCCCUUUGCUGGCGCUGUUCAACCACAGCUGCGCGCCGAAUGCUGCGAUCGUCUUCCCCCGCGGUGGGAAGGAGAUGGUCGCCGUUGCGAACGCAGACAUCGCUGCCGGCGAGGAGGUGCUCACGACGUACGUCGAUAUCUCUGACGACAAGGAGACGCGGCAAGGCGACCUGCAGUCGCGGUACGGAUUCGAGUGCGAGUGUCCCGCGUGCACGCUUGACGCGGUCGACCCCCGCAACUGCCUUCUGCACGAGUGCGGAGGUCUGGCCCGGAUGCCUGCAGACCUGCGCCAGAUGUCCGACUCGGAGACGGUGAAGUGCGACACCUGCGGCGCCAGCUGGACAGUAAGCCCAAACGCGCUCCGGGACCUGGUGAACGGGGGCCUGUCUCUCGUCGAGGCAGACGACCAGGACCAGCUCGACCCCGACGACCUUCCCCGCGUGGCUGAGGUCAUCGCGCGCCUGGAGGAGAUCAUGCCGCCGAGCUCGCGUCCGCUCCUCCGCCUGCACACGAUUGCGAAGAACCUCCACGUCCCCGCCGCGCAGCCCGAGGCUCUCGCCUACGCGCACAAGGCGCUCGCAGGAGCCUACAAGGUGUACCCCAGGAACCACCCCAGUGUCGCCCUCCUCCGCGCUGAGAGCGCAAAUCUCGCGGCCCAGAUUGCUGUUCACAUCGCUGAGAACGGACCGGGCAUCAGCGAGGACGAGAUCAAGAGAUGCAUCGCCGACCUGCGCACCGCCGCCGACCACUGCGAUCUCGCGUUCGGCAAGGAGUCGACUAUUGCGACGUCACUGCGCGGGUUUGCGCAAGACAUGGAUGUAAGCCUCCAGGCAAUGUAG